AUGUUAUUAUUAAGUAAAAGAAAUUCUGUUCCAUUUCUACAACCAUCAUUAAAAAAUUCAUCAUCAUAUCGUUUUGUUUCGGAUAUUAUACAUGUUUGGAAUUAUUCAAUUCCAAUAAUUCUUUCAUUUGGUAUUGGUUUAUGUUCAGGAAAAUCAACAACUAUAAAUAAUAUUUUUCUUUCAUCAUUUGAACAAUCAUCUUCAAGUAUUUAUUUUCAAAAUACAAUUGAUAUUGAUUUUGGUUAUAGUUUUUUACCUUCACGAUCGAUGAGCAUUGCUGAUGCUCAUGUUAUUGAUCAAUUGAAGAUAAUUAUGACACAAGGAAAAUAUCUAUUAUUGAUUAUUCGAGAUGUUCCUAAAGAAAGUAAUAUUGAUCAAGCUAUUAUUCAAUUGAAUCACAUUAUAGAAAAUCAAAAGCAUCAAUUAACAAUUAUUCGAGAUACUCCUCCCGAUAAUCAUCUUCAACAUUCAAGUCUUUCAUCAUCAAAAUAUCCUACGAUACGAGCAUAUUUUCUGCCUGAUAUUUCAAAUCAAGGUGAUCGUAUUAAUAGAAAUCAUAUCAUAACAUUACGUAAUCAAAUCUUAGAUCAACUACCUAGUCAAUGCAUUCAUGAUAUUGAUUCAAUAAAGGGGGAAUUAAAGUUUUUAAUGGAUGAUGAUUAUAAAAAUCAUUUAAGAGAAGUCAAUCAAAAGAUCAAACCAUUAACAGAUAAAUUAUCAGAUACUGCUUUAAAUGAAAUUCGUGUACCAAAAUAUUUUCCUGAAUAUUUACAAUUUGUUCAAUUAUGUGAAUUAAAAUUAAAAUCAGCACGUUUUGAUUUCUAUGGUUCUGAAAGUGAUACUGUUGUUUAUGAAGUUCGUCGACAAAUUUUUGAAUUAGAAACAGCUUCAAAAACUGUUAAUCAAUCAUUAAGUGUUAUUUUUCAAUUAUUUCUUGAUAUUCUCAAAGCAUCUGAUUCAAUCACAUGUUUAGAAUUACUUAGUACACAAAUAAAAGAUGAACGUCAACAUUUAAUUUCAACAAGUGAUAUGGCUAUGCAAUUGCCUAUUCAAAAAUGUUUAUCUUUAGAAGUUUUAUGGCGUAAUGCAAUUGUUUGUAGUCAAUAUCAACCAUUAGACAUUCAGAAAUCUCUUCAAGGACAUUAUUUUGAUUAUAUUAAAGCUGGUUUUCCAUUUGAAAUUAUUGACGGAGAUAAUUUUCAUUUUCAACAUACAUUUCUAUUUGAAUCUUUAAUGCCUUUUCGAAAUCGUCGAACUUUUGUUAUUAGUAUUAUUGGACCACAAAAUUCGGGUAAAAGUACUUUAUUAAAUUAUAUGUUUGG